AUGCCUGAAACGGACAUGUACGACGCGGCGGAGAUCGAGCUGGAAAAAUCCACAUCCUCCUCUCGAAGGAAAGGAACCAGGGGGCCGCGACGCAGUGGAUUACACAUUUUGCAAGGUCGGCCAUGGCGUGACACUUCGAAACGCCGAACACAACCAUGGAGCCCUGUGUGGUGGAUUGCACUGCUUUGCUUAGUGAGCUUUGCAUCGCCAGCCGCUGCUGUUCUAUUGGACUUUGAAAAUUGUCUAUCGGAAACCGUCCUCGAGUCCGACCCUCUACAACUUCAAUUCGUUCCUACCAACGUGUCCGUCAAAUUCAACCUUACCAACCCUCUACACCCGCUCGCUAUCACGGUUUAUGGCAAUGUGUCGGGAACUGUGUCUCGAACUGCAAAUUACCCGGCACUGGAUUCCCCCGUCUGGACAAAUCCCAAUUGGACCGAUGGGAAGAUUGAGGAUGUGAGCAGUACCAACAACAAGUACAGCACGCUGAUGACGGAUCUCAACGUGCUCAGCUUCACGCCCUUCCACAAUGCCUCUCGUUUCCGUGACGCGGUAACGCAAGGCACCCUCCCGUUGGGUCCAGUCUUCAAUUACAACCUGAGUGAUUUGAACACAUUACGAGCGUUCUCUGUUCAACAUGAUAUGCUUUCAACUUACCGUUUCGGAACCAUCACACCGUUAUUGACGAUUCGCUCUGGAGAUGCAUCCGCGGUUCAGCUCGCGUGUAUUUCAGUGAGCGCCACGCCGGACUUCGGGACAGCCCUCAAAAAUGCCAUCGCCUAUGUGCCUCUUGUAAUUUUGAUACUCGUGGGGAUUGCGACCAUCGCUGCCGCCAUGUAUAGCCCUUGGGGCACAACUGAUCUGUUUCGGUGGACAAGCAACUACGGCCGAGAUGAGGACGUUCUCCGGCUUGUCACUCCUGGAUUUGCAGAUUGCCUGCAAUACCUUCAAUUCGUGGUCUUGACGGGCUCGCUUUCUUUGGAUUACCCAGGCUUCUUCCAGCCUGCAGUGAGCCAGGGAGCAUGGUCGACUCUCAUGUUCAAUCAGAGUUUCGUGAGCACUGAUAUGGGCCGCGAUCCCGUUGUCGAUGGUGUAUAUGCCAUCAAUGGAACUUAUGGCCUCGACCGAUUGAACCACCUGGUUGGCAUGGCCUCGUCCCAGGAUAUCUGGCCCGGUAUGAUGAUAUGGGUGCUGGUAAUCCUGGCUUGUGUGACGGUGCUAUUCCAGAUCGCAUUCGCGCUUCGAUGGUUGUAUCGUGAGUUGGCAAACAACACCGAUCAGGAUCUGCGUGCUAGAAACAUGCCGUUUACCAUGGGCAAUCUCAUUCGCAUUGUCUUCAAUUUCCUUCUCUUGCCAAUCGUUUCCCUUUCCUUCUUCCAACUGGUUCUCGCUCGUCAAUCGCCCGCUUAUUGUGUUGCUUUGGCAGCCGUUGUGCUUGUUAUUCUCGCUUGCUUCUCCAUCUGGGUUAUCCGAGUGAUUCUUACCACCCGACCCAAGUCUCACCUUUUCGAUGAUCUGCCUACAGUGUUAUUGUAUGGGCCGCUAUAUAAUACAUACUGUGACGAUGCAGCAGCCUUCGGCAUCGUCCCGAUUGUCUUGAACGUCGCUCGCGGGAUAGCCAUUGGUGCUUUGCAGCCAUCUGGCAUCGCCCAGGUGGUAAUGCUAGCCAUUUGCGAAGUUGUCUCCGUACUAACCCUGCUGGCUUUCCGACCUUUCUCAGGACCGACUCACAUGAACCUGUACCACUGCCUCUUCUCUAUCGUGCGUUUCUUGACAGUUAUCUUGAGCGUCAUCUUUGUGCCGUCAUUGACAGUUUCGGAUGUGGCACGAGGAUGGAUCGGAUAUUUGAUCCUUGUGCUACACGCCAUGGUUCUCAUCUUCGGGUUCUUCCUUAACGCGAUGCAAACAUUGAUCGAGGUUCUGGCAAGACUGGCUGGUGCGGGCGGUGCCACUCGUGGUGGCUUGACCAAGGUACUUGGUAUGCGCCAGCUCUCUAGGCGCACUCCGCGGCGUGAUCUUACUCGGCAGAGUAUGGGCUCGGAGGCUGCUAUGCUCGGCCAUGGUGACGACCGUAUGUCUUCUCAGUUUGAUGGAUCGCGUCCACGCAGUCUGUCUGGGAGCUCUGGUCUUCUUCUGAACCGUGCCACUGCUAGUGAUGGCAGAGCCAGCGCUGUCUAUGAUUAUCCCAGUUCGCAAGGGGGCACGCACAGUCGUGCCCCCAGUGGAGGAUUUCCCACACCUACCUCAACUGCCUACCAAGGAGCCGGCUUCCCUAGCUCGCCUAGCAGUGGUACGAUGAUGGGAACAAACCCUCGUGAUCCCUAUUAUCGACCACCCCGCCCCGGGAAAAGAACUCCCCCGGGAAGUGCUGCUCUCGAGAAAGGGAAGAGCCCAUCAAGGGGCUUCUUGAAAUCAAAAUCAAGCCGCCGAGCAGUCAAUACCGAAGACGACCUGGCAGAUGGUACCAUGUCUGGGCGGGCCACACCUGUUCCAGCAUAUCUAGCAGCACCCAAGGAUGAUAUGGAGCUUGAUACCCCACGCAAGCCAAAGGAUUAUGCUGUUCGCGAAGUUGAUUUCUACUACGGUGUCCGAGGCCCACCGCUAUCCCAUAGCGGCACCCGAAAGUUGAAAACUGGCCCAGCCGACCCCACAGGCCCAGUCUCGUCUGCGACGGGCUGGUUCCGAGGCUUGCUCCAAGGGAAGACCAAGGACAACGCCAAAGGAUUUGAGGUGGUCCGAAGUGCUCGUGCGCCUCCUCCGGGAUUAUUCCCGCGAGGAGGCGACUAUAAUGAUCAUUAUCAGGAUGAUACAGGCACGCCAUCCGCCAGCCAUUCUCGGAAUGUGUCUACUAGCAAUGUUCCUUAUCAGGAUUCAGAUAAUGACCACGACCCCGAGCGAUCAAGUGAGACACGCCCACCAGUGCUGCCACCACUUAAUACGUCAGUUGGCGGUGGCAUCGAGUUGCCCAGUCGAACGGGUUCUCGCCACACACAGGCGCCUAGUGAACAAGACGCGGGUGCAACUACAGCUGGCCUUCCAGUUGUGACCGAGACCCUGUCGCACAAUUCUGGGGUAGGCCAGCACUCUGAGCACUCUGAGCACCUUCUCCAGCCAGAAGGCUCCACCACCGCGCGCCUGCCCUUCAGCGGGAGUAGCUCGCCAUCUCGUGAUCGAGGUCUGUCUAUGACCUCAACUUCAAGGUCAAGGUCAAACGCCUCGAGCGGCCCUCGAUCGGAACGGCCUUCGAGUAUGGGCUAUGUACCUCAACAUCGCGCACACGACCACAUCCACGAGGCGAGCCCCGAUGAACCAUCGUUUACAGGCAGCUCAGCAGAACUUGUCGACGAAGCUGCGCUGAGCGGACACGAACGCUAG